CACAUCCGCGCAAACAUUCGCCAUUUAACUCACCUUCGCCUGCUCUUCAUCUCUAAAUAUCAGAGAAAAGACAGAACAGCUAUCCUCCAUCGAGCCAGAUGAUACUCCGGCCACAGAUCCUCCGGCCACGUAUCUCCCGGCGGCUCCUGCCACAUCCGUGCAGAAGGCAAGUGAAUUUUGCCGCCGCGCUCACCGACGACUCCACCGAAGACUCCUUCGACACCUUCCACACCGAUGAAGUCUUCAAAGAAGACUCCCGCCCACCCUCCGUCGAGGACAGACUUGUUCGGAGAAAAGUGACUAAUCCGCUCCACGAGCGCAGAAGAUUCGGGUCCUGCCUCUUUAGUCUUCGUCUCACGCCUCGUACCCGUGUUCUCGAGAUCGACCUUGAACACUGGGGCACCCAUCCCUACCCACCGAUGGCGUUUAAAAGGUGGCUCAAAGAAUACCCGGAAUACAUCCGCAAUACAGUCCACGUCACGCGCAAGUUUCUCCAACCCGACCCCGAUGGCUACAUCCGCGAGCUGUCACAGUCGGUCUUGAACUCGCCCCCCGAGUACUACGACAUCGUCUGUCUCUCCGGCGUCGCGCACCUCUUCUACCCCCGACUCAAGACCUUCCUACCAACCCUGCGCGGACUCCUCAAGCCCCACACCGGCACCCUCGUCAUCACAGCAUACUUCGACCCCGUCGUCGACUCGCUCCCAAAGUCAUACAUGCGAGCUCGCACUCCGCACAAAAAACUCACCUUGAUCCCGAAACGUCGCAUGCCUCCCGAAUCGACGCCGAACUGGUCUGUUUACUUCACGCUCGAGUCUCUCCGCGCAACUGUCAGCGAGCUCGUGACGAUGAGCGAGACAUACAACCGCUUGGUCGACGAAUUCUUCCGGUCCGCGGCCGCGUUCGAUCCAAACAUCACCUCGCCCUCGGAUAACCCAGACUCGUUCACGCCCCUGCCCCCGAGCGAGUCGCUGCCGCCCGCGCUCAGAGCGCAGAAAGAAAACGUCAUGAAAUGCAAAAGACAGGUGUUGGAAAUCAACGAGAAACUCCGCGCGCUGGCUCGGGAGUUUAGGACCGCAUACGGUCUGCCUGAGAACACCUAUACCGCCGAAAGUGACCUCAUCGGAGCCAUGUCGCGCGCCGUCAACAGCGAGGCUCCGUACCGCCUGUUCCUUGCGCGGAACGAGCCCGCAGCCGGAAGAGACCUUUCGUGUAUAAAAAGAGGCACUUUCGCAAACAAAUAUUGGCGCAGAGCAGCCCCGCAGAUGGCCAUAAGCAUGCCGGCCAGAGCGCACUUGCUAAAACGACGAAACCGGCAGCGGCGCCCGUUGCUGCGCCGCGAGUCCUGGCGCGAAGCAUUCACGGAAAAUCUAUGGCAGUCCGCGACGGACUACAAGCUUCCGCUGCAGGAGCAAUCGGGAAUCACGAGAAGACAGUACACGAUCGAUGAGCUCGCAGAGAUGCUAAGAACCAGCGUCGAGUUGACGGAUACUAAAGACGAAGAGCUCGAGCGUCUGAUUGUGGAUCUGGCGAAACCAUUCAAAACGCGCAGCCACGGACGGCUUAAUUUUUGUGUGGGGUGGUAUUUUGGACAUAUCAUGAGGACCUGAUGUAUAUACAAACAUAUUGUAGAUAGCAACAUAUAGAAAUAGACGACCGUAUCCGGAAAUGUAAUUACCCAAUGCGGAAAUAUUCCCUACUAGGGUU